AUACCGCCACAUUUUUAAAGGCGAAGUGCAAUUAUUUCGUCCAAAAUAUGGCUUUGCGGUCUUUCCACUAUGUCGUUAGUGGCAUCGUCCAGGGUGUCGGAUUCAGAAUGUUCCUGAGGCGGAAAGCUGACGCACACGGUAUCGUAGGCUGGACACAGAACGACGCGUUCGGCAAUGUUGUUGGAGUCGCACAAGGUCAGGAGGAUGCGCUAGCGAAGUUCAAAGGAUACCUAUGCAAUGGGCCUUCGCGUGCAAGGGUCACAGAUGUCAGGUUUACUGAAGAUAAGGUCAUACCGAAGCUGGAGUUCGAUCGCUUUGACAUUCGUCUAGCAUGAGGCGUCAGGGGAGGACGUAUGACUUCAGUGACUUGUGGUUACAGUAUAGUCGAUGAUUGGGCUUCGUAGAGAUGCAAUAGAUGGCACGGUGUCACAAGUAAAUUUUUUCCACAGUACAUACUGGAAGAAUGCUUGAAAUCUAAUGGCAGGAAGAGUGGCGAUUUUGAUCGGAAAUCAGAUCUAAUCUUAUCUCUGCCAUGCUCCUUACAUGCUC